AUGAAAAGCGGAUUAUUUUCUAUGAAUGACAUUUUUUUUUUAGUGAAUAGUAUAUUCAAAUAUUUUCUUAUCUUAUUGAACGGAUCUCAUUUACUAAAAUUGUUAUAUUCCUCAAAGGAAAACAUUCACAUUAUUGAAGGAUUAUUAUGCAUAAUAACAGGUGUUAUAUUAAAGCUUUCACUUAUAUAUAUAUACUGUACGUAUUUUAUGAAUAUAUAUAUAAUAAAAGAUUAUAGAAGAAAGAAUGUACUGAAUAUUUUUAAUGUUAAUGAUAAUUAUAAAAGAAACGGGAAUGUUAUUGAAUCUGAUGAUUUUGAGUAUAGAAAAUUAAUAAAGAAGUUUUUUUUUAAAAAAGUAUAUUAUUCAAUUAAGAAGAAACAUAAAAGAAUAGAAUUAUAUAUGUUGAAGAUAUAUAAUAGUAAUUUUAAUUAUUAUUUUUGUAAUAUAAGAGAUAUGUGUUAUACAAUAAUAUGGUAUAUAAGUUUAUAUUAUUGGAGACGAGAUACAUAUAAUAUGAUAUGGGGAUUUAAUAAAAUACCUACUUAUAUAUAUAAUAUGUUAUUAAUACUUUUAUCUACAUCUUAUAUAGAUUUAGUAAUGGUUAUAAUUAGUUAUAAUAAAUCGAAAUAUUAUUUAAUGAAAUCAAAGUUAUUAAUAGAUAUCUUUUUUAGUGCACCGUGUACUUAUUUAUUUUCGAAAUUUAUUUUUGUUUUUGAACAUCAAAUUGAUAUAUAUUUUAUGAUGGGCUUUUUAAGAAAUAUAAAAAUUUUUUUGAAUGUGUCUUAUGUAAGAAUAGAACAUAAUUCCAUUCUUACAAAUACUGAAAUAAAAAUUAUCAGAAUUGUUUUGGGUGUUUUAUUAUUAUGUAAUGCUUUUGCAUCUACUAUAUAUACCAUACAAGCAAUUCAUCCAUAUAAUUUAGAUAAUGGGAAUUUCAAUUAUUUCCUGAAUAGUUAUUUAGAUUAUUUUUAUUUUUCAAUUAUAUCCAUAUCAACAGUUGGAUAUGGUGAUAUCUUUCCUAUUAACAAAUUAAGUAAAGUUGUAUGUAUAAUUUUUAUAUUUUGGACAUUCAUUUGGGUACCUAUACAAUUCAAUGAUUUGAUAAUUUCAAUAUUUUCUAAGAAAAAAACAUAUGGAAAAAUAAGUAUGAAUAAUCAAAAAUUUAUUCUUCUCAUAGGAGAUGUAGAACCACAACAAUUAAAUGUUUUCUUAUUCGAAUCAGUAGCACAAGGAAAUAAAUUAAAAUUUCAUUUGUUAACUACUUAUCCGAUUAACAUUUAUGAUGAGCAAAUCAAAAUUGCAGAUCAUUUUUGUAUUUCUUUAUAUAUAAAAAAUUUCGAUUUAAAUGAAAAGGAAAAUAUUAAUUUAUUAUACAGUAUUAAUGCACAAAAUGCUUAUUAUUUAUUUCUCUUUUCUAAUAAGUUCCAUAACGGGCAUUAUAAUAUAGAUACUAAAUCAUUUACCAGAUUAUUAAUAUUGAAAAAAUUUUUACAUGGAAAAAAAAAUGCUGUUAUAGAAUUAAGAAGUAAUUGUGUAUCAAAUAUUGUAAGAUCUAUUGGAUGUGAAAAUUUUAUUAUAGUUAAUUUGAAACAUUCCUUAAUUGUUAAGAAUAUAAAAUAUCCAGGUUUUAUUACACUAAUUUUAAAUUUAUUUACAGCAUAUAAUUAUGAUAUAUCUUCAUAUGAUUUUAAUGAUAUUGCUUCCUAUCCAUCACUCAAAUAUAUUGGUGAAUUUAAUAGAGGUUCUAGGACUAAAAUAUUUUCAUUUAUUGUACAUAAAAAUAUGGUUGGAUUAAUAUUUGAUAAAUUAUUUUAUAAGUUAUAUGAAUCUCUUGGUAUUAUACUUGUAGGUAUAGAAACCAAUACAACAAAUUAUUACAUAAAUAAUAAGAAGCACAAGAAUAGAAAUAGUUAUGUGGAUGAUAACUUCACUACAAUGAGAAAAAACAAAAUGAAGAACAAAAAAAAGAAAAGUUUUAAAUUUAUUUAUUUACAUUUGUUAAAAAAAUAUGGGCAUACAAGUCAUUAUACACAAAAGAAAAAGAAAAACAAAUAUGAUAAUAUUAUAAAUCAUCAUGGAAAUAAAUCAAAAAUGGAAUACUCUACACAAUUAAAGCAUAAUAAUAAGACCAUAAAAAUUUAUGAUGAAUAUAAUACAAUUGAGGCAUAUCAAAAUUAUCUCAAUUAUGAAACUAUUAAUAAUAGUCUCAUUAAUAUAUACAAUAGUGAUGAAAAAAAAAAAAAAUAUAAUGAUGUUUCCCCUACUAAUAAUAUCUUAAGGAAUUAUGAAAAUGGGAAAUUACAUAUUGAAAAGAGAGAUGAUUUUUAUAAUAAUAAUAUAGUUAAGAGUAGGAAAAAAGGAAGCGAAAAUAAAAAUGACGAAAUUAUAAAUGUAUGUAUAAAUAUAAAUAGUGAUAUAAAAAAAAAAUACAACAACAACAACAACAACAAUAAUAAUAGUAAUAAUAAUAAUAAUGAUAAUGAUAAUAAUAAUAUUAUAAAUGAUCAUGAUAAUUAUAAUAUAUAUAACAAUUUAAAUAGUAAUCUUAAAUGUCGAUGCAUACCAAACACCAAAAAAAAUAAAGCACAAAAUGUUAAUAAUGUAACAAAUAAUAAAGACAAUAAUGUUUCCGUCAAAAGAGUUAAAACACAUUUACAAGAUGAUAAUACAAUUGAUAAUAAAAAGGAAUUAAAAUGCUACUUAAAUUUAUUGGGUAAGAAUUAUGCCAUUAGAGAUAGUGAUAAAUGUGUAGUUAUUGCAAAUUCUAGGAAGGUUAUAAAAUAUUUGUCCAAAGCUAAAAGUCUCUUUUGGAUAUUUGAAAUAAAAAGUAAGAAAAAAGAUAACAUUUCCUAUGAUUUAAAAUCUGUUAUAAAAACAAAGCAAACAUUUAAUAAAUAUUUUACUACAAAUAUUAAAAAAAAAUUACCAACAACAUCUAUUCAAAAUAAUGUUUAUGUUAAUAAAAAUGCACACAUUAUCGCAAUGAAUUAUCAUGAUUUAUUUAACACUUAUAGAAUAUCAAGAAUAUUUACCAAAAACAAUUAUAAUUAUAAAAGAAAAAAUUCGAGGAAAAAAAAUUUAUUUAGAAAUCUCAAUGGUGAAUUUAAUGAAACAAAUUUAUAUCAUCAUUGUAAUAACACGCAUAAUAUAAAAACUACUGAUAAUAAAAAUAUGGAAGAAUUAGACAAACUUUAUUUUUCAACAAAGUUAAACAGAAAAUCAAAUACAAAUAUUCAUAUUCAUAAUAAUAAUAAUAAUAAUGAACAUUACGAUGAUGAGAUAAAAACCUACUAUUUCAAUUUAACAGAAAAAAAUAGCCAUUUACUUUUGAAUUAUAAAAGGCAAUUAAAAAAGAAAAAUUACAUAAACACAUGCUACAGCGUGAAUAAAUCUGAUGAAAGUAUAAACAAAAUUAAGAAUAUGAACAGUGAUAAUAACAAUAUUAAUAGUAAUCGUAUCAAUAGUAAUAUCAAUAAUAAUAAUAAUAAUAAUAAUACCAAAUUAAAUCAUACAUUAAAAAAUAGAAUUACAUUUUCUUAUAUGGAAGCAUGUGAAAAGUAUUUUCCUACGGAAAAUCGGAAUAAUAAAUUAUUAUUAAUUAUUAAUUGUACAUGUAAUAUAAUACAACUAAUCAAAAUGUUUAAUAACAAAUAUAAAUAUAACGUUAUUAUAUUAACAGAUGAAAUUCCAACUAUGAAUAUAAUGGAUUUAUUUAAAUAUAAUGUUGUAUUUAUAAAAUGUAAAAUCUUAGAUGAUUAUAAUUUAAUAAAUUCCGGUUUAAUGAAUGCAGAAUAUAUAUUAAUACUUCCUACAGAAGCAAAAAAUAUAAAUGAAAUAAAUGAAAUAGAUAUGAAUACGAUUAUUGUAACUAGGAAAAUUACUCAUUUGUUGAAAAAGAAAAAAAGAACAUAUUAUAUAAAUAAUAUCAUUACUGAAUUAAUAAAUCCUUCUAAUGUUAUUUUUCUUGAGGAAAAUAAAAUGAUCAAAUUAAAAGACAAAAAAUCAUCUUAUGAUGAUUUUUUCCCUUAUGUAAAUUCUUCUCAAUUUUAUUCAAGUAAUAUUAUUUGUGAAACUAUGUUAUAUAAUUUUAUGACGCACCAUAAAAGUUUCACAGAUUUUUCAGUGUGUACUAAUACUUUGGAAUGCCUCAUUAAAUUUUUAAGAAUAAUCUAUAUUUGCGAUUUGAGUAAAUAUUAUGAUUUUUCUUUUAAAAAAAUUAAAACCUUUCGUGACCUUUUUUAUUUCUUAUCCAAAAAAAAUAUAAUAACUAUUGGUUUAUAUAGAAAGGGGGAUAAGAAGGUUCCUUUCUAUAUUUAUACCAAACCUAAUGAAAACUGUUUAUUACGAUUUGAUGAUAUAGUUUAUAUAUUGUGA